GGCCUGGCACUCGCUGCCCCGGGAGCAGUCGCAGGGCUCCGCCUGGCUCCGGGUUUACCGGAUUGCCGACCCAAAAGGCAAUUUGUAAACCCGGCCGUUUGUAGGGUGUCCUCUCCGGGCUUAGAGGAAUUUCAAAAGAUGGUCAUCUGCCGUCUAACGGCAGUGGGGGUUUAUAAGAAAGAGGUUUCUGUGUCAGUCUCCUCUCUCGCUGGCCUGCACAAGCUUGCUCCGGGCCACUGACCGCCUCCGACUUGCUGCCAGUUGGUUCUUUUACUUUGAGAACCGGCAGGUGCUCAUCUUCAUGAAGGAAAGAAACACUAGAAGUUCUGAGUAGAAGUGUAGUGUUUGCCUCAAGAUGCCCCAAAGGAAAAAUAAUCAUCUGCAAGUUUCAUCUUUCAAAACUGCCUGUGUUCUUUCAAUCAAAGAGAAACGUUUUUUUAGAAAGAUGACUUGUGAAGUCUGUGAACAAAGCUGUCUUCAGAAGGAUACUGAAUGAAAGACAUCAUGCCUUACAAGGGACACUUAUCUCAAAGGGUGACACUGUGCUCUUAAACUAAAACACAGGCACUGUAAAAACACUGAUCCUGAACAAGAAUAAGUAUUAUAAAAACUGCAUCAGAAUGUUUGUUAGUCCCAGAAGAGUCAGAAAAUGCCAUUUUUUGCAGAUAUGUGCCACUUGCUUCAUACUGUGUCUCAUGAUUUUUUGGGUACCGUUUGAUAAUCACAUUGUGAGCCAUAUGAAGUCCUAUUCCUACAGAUACCUCAUAAAUAGCUACCAUUUUGUGAAUGACAGCCUGUCUGUCAGCAGGGAUAACCUGAACAGAAUAUCAAGUUAUCAGUACUUGAUCAACCACAGAGAGAAAUGUCAGCAGCAGGAUGUCCUUCUCCUAUUGUUUGUGAAGACUUCUCCUGAAAACCGCCAUCGAAGGGAUGCAAUUAGACAAACUUGGGGUAAUGAGAAGUACGUUCUUUCUCAACUUAAUGCCAACAUUAAAACCCUCUUUGCUUUAGGACGACCAACAGGCCAUCUGCAGAAAACACAGCGACAAAGAGAACUUGAGCUCGAAGACCAGAAAUACCAGGAUUUGAUUCAGCAAGACUUCUUGGAUACUUUUCACAAUCUUACUCUUAAAUUGCUUUUGCAGUUUAGCUGGGUGAAUGCUUACUGUCCUCAUGCCAGGUUCAUAAUGUCUGCAGAUGAUGACAUAUUUAUCCAUAUGCCAAAUCUCAUUGCUUAUCUCCAAAGUCUCACACAAAUGGGUGCUCAAGAUCUCUGGAUUGGUCGUGUCCAUCGUGGAUCCCCUCCCGUAAGAGACAAGACUAGCAAAUACUAUGUUCCAUAUGAAAUGUACCAGUGGCCCUCUUACCCUGACUACACAGCAGGAGCUGCAUAUGUUAUAUCAAAUGAUGUAGCAGCUAAAGUCUAUGAGGCUUCAUUGACUCUGAAUACAAGUCUUUACAUAGAUGAUGUUUUCAUGGGUCUCUGUGCCAAUAAAAUGGGAAUUGUACCACAAUAUCAUGUAUUUUUUUCUGGGGAAGGAAAGGCUCCAUAUCAUCCCUGCAUUUAUAACAAGAUGAUGACAUCUCAUGGACACGUAGAUGAUCUUCGCCAGCUCUGGCAGCAGGCUACAGAUCCCAAAGUUAAAAAGAUUUCUUCAGGAAUUUGGGGUAGAAUGUACUGCAGACUAGUCAAUAUUGUGCUCCUCUGUAAACUGUACUAUGUGGACACGUAUCCUUGUUCAGCUGCAUUUUCUUAAUACUUGAAUAUCUGCACUGAAGAUCCACUGAGCCAUAACAAAGCAACAUGUUAGGUGUUUAUCCAAAAUAUAUGUAAACAUGGAAAGAGGUAAAAUUUACACAUGAAUACUUGGGGUGGGCAGAGGGAGAGAAAGAAGAUGGUCCUAGGGUCCCAGAUUCUGUUCAGAGACUUAGUGGAAUAGCUCUCCUGUUGUACUUCAACUUUUUACAUUGUAGCCUGUUUUUUUACACUCUUCAAGGGAUGCAAGUCUGGAUUAUAAGUGAACUAUAAUGAACUUGACUUCUAGACUUUGAAAUGCUUAUUGCAAAUACCUGUUUCUUUGAACUUGUCAGUAAGUCUUGACUGUUUUUUUAAAAGCUAUGUGAACUAAGGCAUGUGGCAAAAAAAAAUCUGUUAUAUCAGAAUGGAGUAGACCUUUCAAAGCAUGAGAAAAGUGGAACUUCUGACUUGACGAAUGAGACUAUCACAGUAGUUUAAGGUAGCCUAAACUCUACAAAUAUUCACCAUUUCUCAAUGCUUCAUACAAAGUCAGUCUGGACCUGCACUGACCUGCACCUGGAGCUGACAAAUAGUGAGUUCUAGAAGUGAAGACCUGCUACAAUUGUUUUCUCAAAGCUCCCUAAAUCUUUGAAAUAGGGAAAGAGUGUUUGGAUGCCCUUUGACUUGGUGAUUUUAAGUAACAAAGGAACCCCCUUUAGAACCUGAAGCUAUAAAAAAACCAAAUACUACUCAUGUCACUGGUUGGGCUAAUAUUUCUCUGUCUUCCAAAAACUGAAUCAGCAUAUUUAAAAAGUCCAAUCUUUAACAGGAAAAUAAGUUGAGUUAAUUUUAUUCCAAUAAUGCUUCUGUUUUCCAAUAUUCUAGAGGUGAAAAGCAAGCAAAAGUCCCCAUGCAUGUUACUUAGA